UGUGUGUGUGUGUGUGUCAGUGGUACACAAUUAAUUAUAAUUUUACAUGUACUGUUGUGUGCAGAAAUAAUGGUUUUUUACUUGUAGGUUUUGUGUCUGUCUCCUACGUAUGAAUUGGCAAUUCAAACUGGAGAAGUUGCCACAAAAAUGGCACAGCAUUGUCCUGAAAUAAAGAUACGUUAUGCUGUUCGUGGGGAAGAAAGAAAGAAAAUUCAGCUUCUGGAUACUGAAGAUGUUGAUGAAAUUGAGAAACUAGGAGCAGACUGAUUGCAAUUCCAACCAAGUGCCACGGUUUUCAGAGGAAGCAUUUUAUGGACAUUUAUCAAGAAGUUUUGUUUACUGUUAUUGUUUAAGUUUGCAUCGGAAAGACUUAAAUUCAAUCAAAAUGUUUUCUUACAUACUCUUCUGAAUUCUUUUCAUAAAGGUCACAAGAUUUCCGAAUGUAAUUUUCACCAUUGCAAGUAUUAUUCUGGUACAAUUUUGUGACAUUCUUAUUUAAUGAAUGGCUUAUGGCUGUUUAUUCUCUGAAGCUGUGUAAAAAGUGAAGACGUUAUUCUGAAGAAGAAAACUAUUAAUAUAUUUUCAAGAUCAGCAUAUGUUUCUAGUAAUUUAAAUCAAAAUAUGGACGUUAAAUGAUUUUAAAAGAAUACAAUGUUCUGAUUUUAGCUUUAAUUUAUUAAUUCUGUGAUUUUUCUGCCGUGAAAAAGACCCAUUUUCAGCUGGUAUCAACCAAUGUUCUGUUAGUAUAUACUUAAAACCUCUCGUUCUUAAUUUUUUAAUGACAAUAGCACUGACGUGGUGGCAAUCAAGAAGUACUUGUUGAGUUUGAGUGUAUGUCAUUGGCAUGUUUGUGUAUCCUAUCAGACCUUGAAAAUGAAAUACAAAUCUUGGAAGAUAAGGCCAUAAUUUGAAAGAUGAUAAUGUUAUUCACAAUGCAAUAAAAUGCUAUAUUGAAAAUGAAGAAUUUUUAGUUUUAGGGAAAUAAAAAAUAAAGUAUCAUGUAGAAAAGCCUCCAGGUAAGUUUUUCUGUACAAGUACACUUUAUGAAAAAUACAAUGUGUACAGUAAAAUAUAUCUAAGUUGUUUUUAUGAAUUUUGAAAUAUGCAGAACAAAUUAUAAAUUUAUGCUGAUUGUACAAUGAUUUUCAUUCCUGAGAAAUUUUUCUUGAUUCUAGUUCACAUUACCAUUCAGACCGUUUGGACUACUUUGAAUUCAUGGUUUUGCAAAUCUUCCAGAAAUUACUGUUAUUGAUUGUGGUGUAUCACUGUCAUCUAGAUACUGUAGAAUAAUAUCUUAUCGGACAUAUUCAAGUCCUGAAGCUGUUUAAGAAAUUUUCAAACUCUUAUGAUGGUUUAAAAAAAAAAAAAAACAAGAAUAUGCCUCUGAAUUGUGCACCAUAUGUUACGUUUUCUAUGAAAAUACUUCAUAUUAUUAUAUGUAGUGCAAGAAAUAUAAUAAAAUUAAACUUUUUUAAUACAUUCUGCUUCAUUUCCAUUGAAGUUUUUCUUGUCUAAGAAAUAUUUUUCUGGAUGCUAAUGUCACAAACGAUUGACACUUCAGAGAGUUAUUGUUAAUGAAUAAAUCCGUCCUUGAUAAUCC